GUAGCGUCAGGAUUGCGUCAAUUCGUGUUUCUGCCACGUCUGGAGUCUCGGGGACAAGCUUUUCAGAAGAGCCAAAACAGGAACAGGGCAGGGUGGCACAUUGCCGAUAGAAAGCGCGGACCUUUCUCCAGCCUCUCCCGCUGCAGGUGCCGGCCCGUGGAUCAGGCUGUUUCCUCGGGAAGCCUUGUUCCAGGGUCUUUCCAGGUGAAUCUGGCUGGAGUUCUUUCAGCACCUCGGACAGAGCACGCAGAAAACAUGGCUCCUAUCACUACCAGCCGCGUGGAAUUCGAUGAAAUUCCCACAGUCGUGGGGAUCUUCAGUGCAUUUGGUCUGGUCUUCACUGUCUCUCUCUUCGCUUGGAUUUGCUGCCAAAGAAGAUCAUCUAAGUCCAACAAGACUCCUCCGUACAAGUUCGUGCAUGUGCUCAAAGGAGUUGACAUCUACCCUGAAAACCUAAGCAGCAAGAAGAAGUUUGGAGGAGAGGACAAAAAUGAAGCCAAGAAUAAGUCAGCUGUGCCAAAAGUUUCACUGCAUCUUGAUCUGGAGAAGCGAGAUCUCAACGGCAAUUUCCCCAAAACCAAUCUCAAAGCUGGCAGCCCUCCUGAUCUAGAAAAUGUGACCCCAAAGCUCUUCCCAGAGAGAGAAAAGGAGGCUGCUUCCCCAGAGAGCUUGAAGUCCAGUACCUCCCUCACUUCAGAAGAGAAGCAAGAGAAGCUGGGGACACUCUUCUUGUCUCUAGAGUACAACUUUGAGAAGAAAGCAUUUGUGGUGAACAUCAAGGAAGCCCAGGGCUUACCAGCCAUGGAUGAGCAAUCCAUGACCUCUGACCCAUACAUCAAAAUGACAAUCUUACCAGAGAAGAAGCAUAAAGUGAAGACCAGAGUGCUGAGGAAGACCUUGGACCCCGUGUUUGAUGAAACCUUCACAUUCUAUGGGAUUCCCUAUCCCCACAUCCAAGAGCUGUCCUUGCAUUUCACCGUUUUGAGUUUUGACCGGUUUUCAAGAGAUGACAUCAUUGGAGAAGUCCUGAUCCCUCUCUCAGGGAUUGAAUUAUCAGAAGGAAAAAUGCUAAUGACUAGAGAGAUCAUUAAGAGAAACGCUAAGAAGUCUUCUGGACGGGGCGAGCUUCUGGUCUCUCUAUGCUAUCAGUCCACCACAAACACGCUCACCGUGGUUGUCUUAAAAGCCCGGCACCUGCCGAAGUCUGAUGUGUCCGGACUUUCAGAUCCCUACGUCAAAGUGAACCUGUACCACGCCAAGAAGAGAAUCUCUAAAAAGAAGACUCACGUGAAAAAAUGCACUCCCAAUGCAGUGUUCAACGAACUGUUUGUCUUUGAUAUUCCUUGUGAGAGUCUUGAAGAAAUCAGUGUUGAAUUUUUAGUUUUGGAUUCGGAAAGGGGAUCCCGAAAUGAGGUGAUUGGGCGGUUGGUCCUGGGCGCCACAGCAGAAGGAAGCAGUGGGGGGCACUGGAAGGAGAUCUGUGACUUUCCCAGGAGGCAGAUUGCUAAGUGGCACAUGCUCUGUGAUGGGUAGUUUCCUGGCCGUGAGCCGGAGCGUAAAGGCUUUUGCUAGGCAAGAAGAAAGUUUCUUUCUUAUACAUGAUUAUGAUCUUGUGGCACAGCAAGCUACUUUAUUAUUUGUUUAUUAUUUAUUAAAUAAUUUAGGUUAGAAGUGGAUUAAAGUAGUAGACCAGAAAACAGUUGUAAAUGUGUAUCUUGAUAAUAUCCUUCUUUAUUAGAGGUGUUGACUAAAUUUUCAUAAGAUACUCAAUUUCCCUCUGUCUGGUCUUAAGCGGGCCAAGCAAGUCUGUUGUGAGUACUCUAGUUUAAUCUCAAGUCGCAGGUAGGUGUGUGUUGUAGAUCAUAAUGUCACUUUUGCCUUGGUAGUGGAAGUCCAGGUAAUCGUUAAGAGUUCAAGAUGAAAACUCACACCUUUUUGUAUGAAAAUCAACCCAUGUUUCUUCAGGUUGGGGAGAAAAGGUUUUAUUUCAAUCCAAAGAUAUUACAGAAAUGUCCUCCAGUCUGUUUUCUAGUUUAUUUCAUGGACAGUUGUCCUAUAUAUCAAAGAUAUGCUGUCGUUUCCAUUCGGUUUGUGAUUAUUUGAUACAAUCUCAUCAUAAGAGGGGUAGGUAACUUAGGUUCAUUUUACAAAGACAGCAAACAAGUUGAGAAAUUAAUUAGUUAAAGGGCUGAAUUGAAGAACACUGUGGUUGCAAUGAGAUUGUUUUUGUUCCCUGAGAUCACAUGUGAGUAAUAUAAAAUGUAACUUCACAUAAGAAUCAUGGUCUUGAAUUAUUCACCGCCCAUUCCAAGCCUCAGUGUGGCCUAAGAUACUCCUACUUACCUCUGUGAAGCUGUCAGACUAGUGGAAAAAAUAAACUUAAGCUAGAUAUUCAGUUAGGAAUACAGUUUUUAAAUAUAUAUAAAAAUCUGUAUCAGUGAACGAGUGUAUUUUCAAGGCUGUCUUUCCCCCUCAGAGAGGGCAUGGCUACCUAAGUAUUUAACUUAUUCUUUCCCAGGAAGUUCUAAACUACUUAAAGAGAAACAAAAGAAAAGAAAACGUGUUAAAUUCUGUACAUUGUCAGGUUGAAAUCAACCACAUUAAGUAAAAAGACUAAGACAAAAGACUAAUAAGCCUAUCAGAAUCUACAGACAUUCACAAAAUAGACUGAAGCUGUAAAAUUAGCAUGGACAGUGUGUGCUACACUGUCUUUUGAGACCAAUUUGUCUUGAGCUGCUAUUUUUAAGACACAGACCGUGUCUCGUGCCAUUCCCAAUCGCUAAGUUCUGAAACUCUUGCCAAACUCGUUUGAUGCAAGCAGAGCUCUAGCGUUGUCUGGGAAGACUUAACUCGAUGAUGGCGAUGUCUUUAUAUCUGAAUUGUUGGAGAAUCAUGAGUGUGACUUAGGUCCAGCGGAAUUAUUAAAUAUGCAAGUUAGAGAUGAUGUCUACUGAAAACUUUACCAUUUGAGUCAAGCUUUGUGUCAGUGCUUUAGCCAUUUUUGAGAAUGUGUUUGAUAUCACAGUGUUUGUAAAUUCAAUGAAAAUGUAUUUCCGAACUACUUGUCUGUGCUUUUUAAUGACUAUGAAGAAGUUCAACUUUCUGUAAGGAAAUAUAUUUCAUUCUGUAUGUACAAAACUGAAAUCAAUCUCUUUUAUGCUUUCCCGCACUCAUUGUCAUCCAGUGACAAGGUCAUCUCACAUCUCUGUCUACUCAGCAGUCUGUGACACCAACAUGGAAUGAACUGCAACCGUGUGGAGUUUGGGGAGGCCAGAUGGCCUUUGUAUGGAUGCACAUUUGAUGUCAUAGGCCAUGGAGUGAACUCUAACUUGGAGCUCUAAUAUCAUGAGGCAUGGUUUCCAAGUGUCCUACAGAGUGGCAGGAAGUUGAUGGUGAUCCAACUUAUAGGAUGUUUAUUGGAAAAGGAUUUUUUAAAAAAUAGGAAACAAGUCUGACAAAAAAUACUUCAAAAUCACAUUAAAUUGUUUGUAAAUAGUUUUUAGUUUCACAAUUUAAAGUGUUUUGAAGGUUUGUUAAGUUGAUUGUAACUAUUUACAACUGGUUUUAAGGGAAAAAGAGAAAAGCAAGAGAAGAGUUGGAACAGACAGGGAGUUAAGUGAUCUCAUCAUUUCUGAAAACUGUACUGUUUAUAGUGUAUUACAAUAUCAUUGUGAAUACCCAACUCUGCUAAAAUUCCUGCACUGUACUAAACAUGUAAAUUAAUUUGUUGUCUGCUUAGCCAGUCUAACCACCCAGAUAGGGAGGUUGCCGUGUCUGAAGAACUGUGAGAUUCAGUGACUGACUUGUCGUAGUUCAGUAGAAGUGAUGCAGAGGAAAGCAUGGUGUAAGGGAGGUGGCGUCUGUUCUUUUGUGCCAGCUCUGUAUGUUUGUAAGACACGAAUAAACUGCUGCUUUUGCCCAAACGAUCUCAA